GGCAGUCGCCACUCUUUUCUAAAAAUUGAAAUUAGAAGAUAAAAUUUAAUAGUAAAAAUUAAAAAUGUUUAUUGUUUAGUUAAAAGGAAAAUUUGUGGACUCACGUCUCAGAGUCAAUUUUUGUGCCGAUUCUUUAUGUAUAAAUAGUAGAUUGAUAUUUGUAUAUUUCGAUAUAAUGCUACCAGGAAGAGGAGUAGGUUGUUUGCCAGAUAACCCUUUGGGCGUAUCGUGGCAUGACACCAACUGGAUUCCAAUAUUGAAUUCCAACAAUGUCUUGGACUAUUUUUCUGAACGAAGUAAUCCUUUUUACGAUCGAAGUUGCAACAAUGAAGCAAUUAAAAUGCAGCGGCUUAGUAUGGAUAAUUUAAGCAAUAUGGUCGGGUUAGAAUAUUGUCUUCUUCACGUACAAGAGCCAAUUUUGUAUGUUGUACGCAAACAGCAUAGACAUUCUCCGACUCAUUCUAUACCUAUUGCUGAUUAUUAUAUUAUUGCCGGAACAGUAUAUCAAGCUCCAGAUCUCAUGUCAUUCAUUAACUCUCAUAUGAUGUCAUCUGCAUAUCAUUUAGAAACUGCUUUUGAAGAACUAAAUUCAUUGGCUAGGUUUCAUCCGUCAAAGGGUUAUUCUUGGGAAAACCGUAGACCUGGGACUAGUGCAGUUACUGCUCCUCCGCCGUCUCCGGUAAAAGCUUCUGGCAAAAGAGACGUCGAAGAAACAAGUUCCCAAUUCCAAAGGCUGAGAGUGGAUAUGUUAUUGGUUGAGUUAACUAGAAAAUUUCCCUUGCCAUUACCUCAAGCACUUGCACCGGCACCAUCAAAUAAUGCAAAUAUACCUAACCCACCAAUGGGUGAUGUAAAUAAAGUAGAAGUGAAAAAAGAAAUAAAACAAGAAAAUGUACAAGACGUUAAUGUAAAACAAGAAUUUUCAACUACCAAUUCUUUAUCUCCACCUAUGAGGCCACCUCCAGAAAAAAAAUUCAAGCCUGCGUGAUAGAUCAUUAUUUUUGAUUUUUAUAUUUAUUUAUAAUUAAGCAUUGAGUACUUUUUCAACUAGCUCGCUUAGACAUUUUAAUUUAAAAAUUAAUUAUAUAUGUAUAUAUAAUUUCUAAAAUUUUAUUAGAGUUUUAAAAGUUAAGUUUUAAAAUAUAAAAAAAAAAAAAUGUUUGUAUUUUAAUUAUUUAUAAUAAGUAGUAAUUUUUUUAUGUGCUUAUGUUAAGCGUAAUAAAUAUUAAGGGGAUUGCAUGCAGACUGCUUUUAAGGAGUUUUGCGUAGGCAAUAUUUAAGAAAAAAAGAGGUUUUAAUAAAUUUCGACCCUGUCAAUUAAUUUACUGUUUAAUUUGUAUAAGCUUCAAGGUAUUAUUUUUAAUUUAAAUAAUUGCCUCUAUGAAUAAAAGCUAUUUUAGUUUAUUUUAGACCAAAAAGCCAGACAAAAUUUCAACUACAUAGGAUAUGGUACAAUUUCAAUUUUGUAAAAAGAUUCGAGUUCUUUGGUCGAAAUUUUGGCUUUUUGUUCUAAAACAGCAAGAAAACAGACAUAUGCAAUCCUCCUUUAGUAAAGUAACAUAUUUUUUUUAAAAUGAUCUGAGAAAGUAAUUUGUUUGAUACUGAUUCAAAUUUGCUUUAAUCUAAAUUAUUUUUAAAUACCAAAUCAGCCAUCAUAACGCAAGCUGCGACUGAUCAUUUGCUUAUCGAAAAAAAAAAUAUUGUUAAUAUUUCAAUUGUAGCUUUUAAAUAUUUUCUAUAGAAAAUUAUACAUAAUUGACCCGAAUCUAAAAUGAAUUUACACAGACUGGUUGUAUUAAAUAUUUUAUUUCCUUUAUGUAAGGAAAAGCAGGAGACUUUCUUACACUAUUUGCAAAAUUUAACGAGUGCAUGUAUAUAUUGUAUGGUGGUAGUUAAUGGUUACCUUAUGGAGGACCAGUCAACAUCAAUUAUUUAAUUAAAUCUUGAUAGUUUCAAUUUGUUUUAUGUUAAAUUAAAUAUUAUUAAAAUAUUACUAUUAAAUUAAUACUAGAUUUCUGAAAUAAAAUUGUG